CCGCGAAGAUGAAUUUUUUUGUAUGCCGUAGAGACGAGGAGAUCUGUUGGCUCCUCCAUUACCAUUUCGCAAUUGCACGUGCAUCUUAGUAGUAUUUAGAGGGAUGCACUUGGACACAGCCAGACACACCCUCUUCAGUCUCCAUUUUCUCUUCUCUUUAUCUGCUUUUCCUAUCUCUCUGUUUCGAUGAAGAGUCCGAAAAUGAGUCCUAUGUAUCAAGGGAAGCGAGGGAGGGGAUGUUCGGUGGAACCAAGGAGCACUGGGUCAAGAGUGCCAACAAGAUUUCAAAUCGAAGCUGGUCUGAACCCCUCACAAAAUAUGAGUCCUGUUCGUAAAGAGUCAUUCCCGACGAAACGUCGUUAUGGAGUGAGGAGGCCUCGUUGUGUCAUUCCCAAUGAGAGAACGAUCGUAACAAGGUCGAUGUCGACGAAUGCUGACUGCAUGAUGGUACUGGAUGAGCGGAAAAAACAUGUGAUAGUGCUGGACGAUGAGAAAAAGGACGUAAUAGUACUGGAUGAUAACGAGAAGAAAGAUGAUGAGGCUAAGGAGGAGAUCAAGGGGGAGGAGAAGACUGAGGCAAAACCUUUAGAAGGGCCUGGAAGUGGUGAUGGGUUGGGUGGGUUGGGUAGGUUGGAGGAUUGGCCGUGGACAUGGACUUACGAGGAAGAAUGGAUGUGGUUGGGCAAGGGGUCUGGAGUGGGGUGCUAUCCACACUGGGAGACAAUGACUGGUGUAAGUGGGCUUGGGAACCUAGAGGAUUCUGAUGAUGAUAAUGAUCCUUGGGGAUUUGACGAUAUCUGGCAGUUGAGAAAAAUCAAAGAAAUCCCAAAGCCUUGAUGAAAUGUGUAUGAACAGCCUUUAAGUAGUUAAUUAUAUGUCUGUUCCAUGAGUGUUUGCUUGUGUCUAUCUAUGUUUGUAUUUUCUGUGUGUGGGAGAGAGUAGUCUAUGUUUGGUAAGUGAAAUGAAUAACAGUGUGAGAGGUAGAUAGAUCUAGGAAAGAAGACUGUGUUGGAGGUGUGAAAUGCAGGUACCGUAAACAACUGUUUUCUUAUAUAUGUGCAUGAUAGUGAGUCAUUUUUAUGCUU